AUGGCGGACCAAAUCAAGCAGACAAAGAACGCCAUCAACGCCAAAAGGCAGGCAAUCGCCGAAGAGGAGGGACUCCGCGCAGGAUGGGCUGAGAGUCUCGCAGAGAUGGACAAGCUCAUUGCCAGCACUGGCAGCUCCGACGAAAUGACGGUCAUGCGCACAGACAUGCUGAACGAAAUCGCCAAACACGAUGCUAAACUUGAGCGAUUGCGUCCUGAGCUCGCCGCUCUCGAAGCUCAGCUUCCCCAAUCGCCCGCCGAGCCCGCUGGUCCCAAAUUUGAUCCUGAAAAGCACCCCGUUCUGCGCAAGGCCAUGGAGAAGCAGGAGCCCGAGAAGGCAGUCUCAUUUAGCAUUGGCGACAUCUGCGAGGCCCAGUGGACUGACAGGUCUUGGUACAAGGCCAAGAUCCAGAGUAUCCUCGGCUCCGUCUCAGCACCCAAGUAUCUUGUUCGCUUCCUCGAGUACGAUGAUACACUGACCGUCGAUCGCACUGCCGUACGUCCUCUUGCGAACAAGCGCAAGCGAGAUGCCGAGCCUGCUUCUGUUGCAACUCCGCCUGCGCCUGUUGUCUCGAGCGCCCACGUCAUCUCAGGACCUGCUAGCAUGAACCCGAACGCACACGCUGGCAAGAACGCUGCUCUAGAGGUAAACGAGGACAAGAAGCCUAGUCGCAUAGCUAACAAGGGUAUCUUGAAGAAGAGGCAGUCGAAUUGGGCAGAUUUCCAGAGCAAGGGUGCUAAGAAGGGCGUUGUCAAGAAGGAGUCCAUGUUCCGCACUAGUACUGACGCCGGCAGCCGAGUCGGCUUCACAGGCUCUGGCAAGGGCAUGACCGAGACCCACAAGCGUCAGCGUUACGACCAUAAGGGUGAUGCCGAGAAGGACGAAGAGUAUUCUGCCGACCGCAAGCGCUUUUGA